AUGUUCAUGGAAGUCGGCUUCUUGAUCACCCGGGUGUUGAUCAUCCCCACACGCCACUUACCCACUUGCCCGCAACCAGCACUUCACAUUGCCCAUGCUGGAAAGUACCAUACUCUCACGCAAUGCUUCGACGCACGAGAAGAGCCCCAACGGCCUGCUCUUGGUGUCAACAUCGCAAAGUGCGAUGUGACGCGUCAAUACUGGGAUCGCCAUGUACCCGAUGUCGACAAGACGGCCGUGAGGAGUGUCCCAGUGUACACUACAUCCUCUUUGCAGCAAUCUCCAGAGGAGAGCAAUCAAUCCCACGACCAAGUUCCCGGCGGACCAAGUCACGAUCAAUGUUCGGACGACGAUGUUCCUGAGCCACGACCUACAUAUAAUUACACUCCAUAUACGGAUUAUCGAUUUGUUGAUCAGUUUCAGCUACAGUCGCUGGCCGCUGACGAUGCCGCAUUCCUGGAAUCUGAGGGCUGCUUUAGCCUGCCUGGCCCCGCUGCCUUAGAGGAGUUUAUUCGACAAUUUUUCAAGCGAGUCCACCCAUUGGUGCCGCUGCUGUUCGAGCUCGGAGCAGAAAUGAAACCCCACGCAAGAUCCCAAGGAGCCGUUAUGCUUACACACUAUACAUCUGCAGACGACCCACGCUCUGGGAGUCUAUGGGUCACUAUAGCUAUUGAAAAUGCCAUGUUAAUCGACACCAAGCCAUCAUUACAAGAAAAUGUGUCAGUAUCACUUCGAAAGCGACUAAGGUGGUCUAUUCUCCUUCGUGACCGAAGCCUGUGCAUUGGUCUACACCGUUGCCCCCAAGUGACCCCGGUUAUGUUCCAGGGGUGUAGUAACUGGCUAAGCACUGAGGACUUCAUGGACGAAAUGCACCAUUCCGAGGUCUAUUCAUACGAAAGCAAAACCCAGAUGCUCAUGGCCCUUGAACAACAAUGUCAGCUGGCAGUACUCGUCACCGAUCUUGCAGCGCUGGUUUUUACCCGUCCUUGCACUUCGAAACGCCAUCUGACAGUCCAUGAGUUUCAAAGCCUCAUGUCAAGAAUCAAAAGCAAUAAAGAGUCCUUGAAGAACUGGCAAGCCCCGCGGCUUAUUCCAGACAACUUAGUAUCCGAGGGUUACGAUGCGAUUGUAACUCUAAAUUUCUUGACUCACAUGUAUUUCCAUGCAGCAAGAGUGGACUUGGCCCAAUUUGAGACAAUCAUACUGGAGGAAAAUUCAGUUUAUACUGGCGAUUCGUACAACAAUCUGAUGACGAGGGUCAGCAAUGACCUUCGGGAUGGGAUCGAAGGGCUUAGCGUUGUUAUGGAACAUUUCAGCGCAAAUUGCCACAUCGAGAGCUUUCCACUGAGCGUGCUUGCAUAUGUCAGCAUGCCCCUUGUGCUGGCAGCUAUAGAUCUGAAGCUUUCUCCCAACCGUGCUGUAAUGGAGAGAAGACAAAAGCGCCUCGAGUCGCUGGGUUUGAUAAUAAAGCACUCCGAGGGUGUCUAUGAUGUUACCGACUCUGUGGCAGUUGGGACUAACCACAUUCUUCAGCUUGCCUAUUUAACGACUCAAAAUCUCUUCUUUAGCGGGGAGGAAUCCCAGAUACCUUUCGACCACACAGCAACGGAGCAGGCGCUAUCAAGCAGCCCAGGCCUGGACGUAAUUUCCAGUCCGGCAAAUCAUGCAAAACCCGAUCGUCCAAGCAAUUGGCAAGAGGCUUUUGUGUGCUGUCCGAGGGCUUAUCUGUUGAUAUCAACCUCGGUGGACUAUAGUCUUGCGAUGGGACGACUUCCUUACGCUGAGAAUCUUCCCGAUAUAGUUCGCGAUCUCCCGGUGCUGGGUGUUAUUCCUCGACUUCCGUGGACGUCGCGGAUCCCCCAACAUCUCCACCGCCCCAGCGUUCAAUCAUCCAAUUGCACUGAAGAGAGCCACUCGAAUGAUGGCAGAUUGAAAUGUAUCGUCAAACAAGAUGAUGCACGUCCACAAUCAAAUCAUGUCGAUAGCCCGUCGUUCCUUUCCCCUGCAGGCUCUCCUACGGUGUCAUCUUCCUUGACGGAUGAUCAAUCACGAUACACCAAUGUUGAAGCCAGCCAAUCAUCUCGCCCCACUCACAUCAUUAAUCUUGACUACAUGGACUUCUCUGCCUUGAAUCUAACAGCAAAUCUCCAGGAAGCUUCCAAAUAUGGCUCUUCUUCAAAUGCCACAAGCUUUGAAGUUCAGACUGACAGCCUAGCGCAGCAUUCGGCAAUCAGCACUCGCACGGAUACUUUUCCAUAUUCAACUAGCACGGUUGAUAGUCAUAUUUUCAAGUCAUUCUUUCAUGAAGCAUUUGAGCAAGGCUGGGUGACCCCACAAAGUGGAUUGGUGGUCAGUAACACCAUACAAUAA